AUGAAGGGCCAAAAGAAGGACCGAGGCACUGCCUCUAGCCGCAUCGCCGAUGCGCGAUUCGCAAGCUUCGAAACCGAUCCCCGAUUUCGUCUGCCGUCCAAGAAACACGCCAAGACGACCAUCGACAAGCGCUUUGUGGGAAUGCUCAAGGAUGACGACUUCACGGCGACCGCCAAGGUGGACCGAUACGGCCGCAAGAUAAAAUCAGACACCAAGAAGAAGGCACUCCAACGCCUGUACCGGGCCGAAGAGGACGUUGAGGAUGAAGAGGACGAGGACGAGGACGAGGACGAUGGCGACGACCGAGACGAAACCGAGUUGGACGGCGACGACCUGGUCCAGAGAGAACUGCGGCGAGCCCACGAGAGGUCGGCAGAAAAGAAGCGUGACCCCGCCCGGUCCGGUGGCUUCUCCUCGUCGUCGUCCGAUUCCGACUCGGAUUCCGAUUCCGAUUCGGACGAGGACGAGGACGAGGGCGACGCCGGCGCCGAAGCCUCUCGGCCCGACAUGCAACGCUUCCAGGAUGAGCAGGAAGAGGUCGAGAGCGGCGAGGUGACGAACCGAAUAGCCAUCGUCAACUUCGACUGGGACCACGUCAAGUCCACCGACCUCAUGGCCCUCUUCUCGAGCUUCAUCCCCCCCAACUCCGGCAGCAUCUCCAAAAUCUCCAUUUACCCGAGCGAGUUCGGCAAGGAGCGCAUGCAGCAGGAGGAGGUCGAGGGGCCUCCCAAAGCCCUGUUCAAGAUCGCGGCCAAGGACUCGGACGAGUCCGACGACGACAGCAGCGACGGCGAAAGCGAGGCCGAUGCAGACGACGACAGCGACGGCGAGGCGUCAGACGAUAAGAUCAUGAAGGAGCUGAUGCAGGAGGGCGACGACCAAGACUUUGACAGCGACGCUCUGCGGUCGUACCAACUGGACCGACUGCGCUACUACUACGCCGUCAUGGUCUGCAGCAGCCCGCAGACGGCGCAGCAGAUCUACGAGGCCACCGAUGGCACCGAAUACCAGUCCUCUUCCAACGUCAUCGACCUGCGCUUCGUACCCGACGACGUCACCUUUGACGACGAGCCCCGAGACGAGUGCGACAGGAUCCCUGACUCCUACAAGCCCGUCGAGUUCGUGACCAACGCGCUGCAGAGUUCCAAGGUCAAUCUUACUUGGGACAUGCACCCGGAGGAGACGUCCCGCAAGGAGUCCAUCAAGAGGGCAUUUAGCGGCAGCCGAAACGACAUUGAGGAGAACGACCUGCGCACCUACCUGGCCAGCGACAGCGAGAGUGGCGGGCCGGAAGAAGGCUCCGACGGGGACGAAGAUGCCGAAGGAGAGGCACCCACGUUGUCCAAGAAGGAGCUAGCCAGAAAGAAGAUGCGAGAGGCGCUUGGCCUUGCCGAUGCGCCGGCGCCGAAAGCUUCCAACGAUGGGCCUGUCGGCGAGAUGCAGGUCACCUUUGCUCCCGCCCUCGCCGAGGACAAGCCCAAGGAGGCCGGGCAAGAAACGACCCUCGACAAGUACAAGCGCAAGGAGAAGGAGCGCAAGGACAGGAAGCGAAAGGCGUCCAAGGCCAAGCGAGAGGGUGCCGAAGCCGACGAGGACGACGCCGAAGCAGUCGAGGCCGAGGCUGACGAGGACCUCGGCUUCGACGAUCCCUUCUUCACCACGGACGGUCCAGCGCCUGCGACGAAAUCAUCUCUUCGCAAGGAAGAGCGGCUCAAGAAGCGCGAGGCCCGCCAAGCAGCGGAAGCGGCAUCGGCCGAGGAAAAGGCACUGCUCUCAAAGGUCAUGGCCGAGGGUGACGACGCGAACCAAGCCGAUCGUCUGGAUCAUUUCGACAUGAACGAGAUUGUGCGGGCCGAGAAGAAGAAGGGCAAGAAGGGCAAGAAGAAUAAGAAGGCGGCUGCUGACAAAGAUCGGGGGGGCCUCCAGGAAGAUUUCAACAUGGACGUCGGCGACGACCGAUUCAAGGCCGUCUUUGAGAGCCACGAGUUUGCCAUUGACCCAUCGAACCCGAAAUUCAAGGCAACCGGAGGCAUGACGAAGCUGCUCGAGGAAGGACGCAAGAAAAGAAAGGCCAACGAGGGCGAGGAGCGGCAGGAGGAGCGAAAGCCGGCCAAGAAGGCCAAGCCGGGCAGGCGAUGA